CCUAGCGCGGCGGAGCCCUCCACGGCGCCCGGCGUGCCCCCCGCAGCCUCGGCUUCGGGCGUGGAGGCGGGGGGAGUGAGGAGAUGCCGACCCAGAGGGACAGCAGCACCAUGUCCCACACGGUCGCAGGCGGCGGCAGCGGGGACCAUUCUCACCAGGUCCGAGUGAAAGCUUACUACCGUGGGGAUAUCAUGAUAACACAUUUUGAGCCUUCCAUCUCCUUUGAAGGCCUUUGCAGUGAGGUUCGAGAUAUGUGUUCUUUUGACAAUGAACAGCUUUUUACCAUGAAAUGGAUAGAUGAGGAAGGAGACCCAUGUACAGUAUCAUCUCAGUUGGAGUUAGAAGAAGCCUUUAGGCUUUAUGAACUAAACAAGGAUUCUGAACUCUUGAUUCAUGUAUUCCCUUGUGUACCAGAACGUCCUGGAAUGCCUUGUCCAGGAGAGGAUAAAUCCAUCUACCGCAGAGGUGCCCGCCGCUGGAGAAAGCUUUACUGUGCAAAUGGUCAUACGUUUCAAGCCAAGAGGUUCAAUAGGCGUGCUCACUGUGCUAUCUGCACGGACCGAAUAUGGGGACUUGGACGCCAGGGAUAUAAGUGCAUCAACUGUAAGCUGCUGGUUCAUAAGAAGUGCCACAAACUCGUCACAAUUGAAUGUGGACGGCAUUCUUUGCCACCCGAACCAAUGAUGCCUUUGGACCAGUCAUCCAUGCAUUCGGACCACCCUCAGACAGUAAUUCCAUAUAAUCCUUCAAGUCAUGAGAGUUUGGACCAAGUUGGUGAAGAAAAGGAGGCAAUGAACACCAGGGAAAGUGGCAAAGCUUCAUCCAGCCUAGGUCUUCAGGAUUUUGAUUUGCUCCGAGUAAUAGGAAGAGGAAGCUAUGCCAAAGUACUGUUGGUUCGAUUAAAAAAAACAGAUCGUAUUUAUGCAAUGAAAGUUGUGAAAAAAGAGCUUGUCAAUGAUGACGAGGAUAUUGACUGGGUGCAGACAGAGAAGCACGUCUUUGAGCAAGCAUCUAAUCAUCCUUUUCUGGUUGGGCUGCAUUCCUGCUUUCAGACGGAAAGCAGGUUGUUCUUUGUUAUAGAGUAUGUAAAUGGAGGAGAUCUAAUGUUUCACAUGCAGCGACAACGAAAACUUCCUGAGGAACAUGCCAGAUUUUACUCUGCAGAAAUCAGUCUAGCAUUAAAUUAUCUUCAUGAGCGAGGCAUAAUUUAUAGAGAUUUGAAGUUGGAUAAUGUAUUACUGGACUCUGAAGGGCACAUUAAACUCACUGACUAUGGCAUGUGUAAGGAGGGAUUACGGCCGGGAGAUACAACCAGCACUUUCUGUGGUACUCCUAAUUACAUUGCUCCUGAAAUUUUAAGAGGAGAAGACUAUGGUUUCAGUGUGGACUGGUGGGCUCUUGGCGUAUUAAUGUUUGAGAUGAUGGCAGGAAGGUCUCCGUUUGAUAUUGUUGGGAGCUCUGAUAACCCUGAUCAAAACACAGAGGAUUAUCUCUUCCAAGUUAUUUUGGAAAAACAAAUUCGUAUACCACGUUCUCUAUCUGUAAAAGCUGCAAGUGUCCUGAAGAGUUUUCUCAACAAGGACCCAAAGGAACGAUUAGGUUGUCAUCCUCAAACAGGAUUUGCUGAUAUUCAGGGACACCCAUUCUUCCGAAACGUUGAUUGGGAUAUGAUGGAGCAAAAGCAAGUGGUGCCUCCUUUUAAACCAAAUAUUUCUGGGGAAUUUGGUUUGGACAAUUUUGAUUCUCAGUUUACUAAUGAACCUGUGCAGCUCACACCGGAUGAUGAUGACAUUGUGAAGAAGAUUGAUCAGUCUGAAUUUGAAGGGUUCGAGUACAUCAACCCUCUGUUGAUGUCUGCAGAAGAAUGCGUCUAAUCUUCAGUUCUCAGCUCUGCAUUCUGCUUGUGUUGCCAGUUAAUGCAUGGAUAAACUUGCUGCCAGCCUGAACACAGUUCACCAUUUUGUAUUUGCCACCAUCAGUAUCUUCUAGACUGUAAGAGUCAAAUAUUACAUCCUCAUGUAACUACAAGAAAGAAAUUAAGACUAGCUUCCAAACAGACAAUCAUGCCAAAAUUUAGAUAUUCUCGUUCUUCAGAGGCCUACUGAUGAGUGAUGAGUUACCUUUUUUGUUUAAAGAAAAUACCACUGCUUCUACAGGAGAGUUUCUGUUGCAUUAAGGCACAUAGUAGUAUUACAUCAUAAGCCUCCCUUAAUUUUUGUUAUUCUGUGUGAAGUUAUUUGAGGGUUUUGGAAUAUAAGAUUAAUUUAAAAUAACAACUUUUUAUAUUAAAUAUUAGUUUCAGAAUUAUUGUUUAAAAAUUCAGCUAUAAAUUAUAUCAUUGCCUUGGAUAGUUAAAUUAUUGAUUUUUAAAGCAACAAUUAUUGAAUUGGCACAAAAAGGUGUUGCUUGAUUAGAAUUGGGGAAUAUUCUUCUUGAAUAAAAAACACAUUAUAUUAAGAAUCUGCUUGUAAAUCACUAGUUUUUGAAAAUGGACACAGAUAAUUUUUAGUAUUAGAAGGCAGCUUCUGAGCUUAUCCUUCUGUGAAGACUGGAACUGGAACGUUAAUAGUUCUAAAGACCUGGAUACAGAUGGGUGGGAAAAUUGCUCAGAAUAUAGAGAAAAAAUUUAGAUACAGAAACAUACAGUGGUAAUAUUUAUUUCUUAUUGGGAAUUGAAUCCCACAGUUGCCUUUUGUGAUUUGUUUUAAGCAAUAAGAAAGCACUCAUUAACAAAUAUAUAAAAGCAUUCCAUUUAUUUCAUGGAGGCAGAAUGUAUAUUUUUCCUUGUGAUUUAGUAUACAAGAAAAUAACUUAUCUUCUGAAUGUCUUAGCUAUGCUUGUUUCUUCCCCCAAACCACCUUAUGCAUACUUUUGGGCCUGUUUAUGGAAUUUUCAAUGAAAUACAAGAAAAAUAAUAGGUAAACAUGAAUCAGUGUUGAGAACAUCUACAGUCACAAACAUCACAGUUCCAGCUCCUUGAGUGAGUUUUUGUUAAGUAGUAAUACAUGUAAUUCAUGGUAGAAUACAUUUCAGUGGCAGAGUUCUUCUGAUUUUUUUAAAUUAAUAUUAGUGUUUAAUGAUUUAUUAUUUAAAGAGGUGCCAGAUAUAACGUCCUUCUGUUUAUUUAAAAAAAUUUUUUAUGCAAAAGGAUUUAAAAAGUAUCCAUAAUCAUCUCAAGUAUUUACAGUUGCUGAAUCUUAGUAAAAUUUAAUUUUAGGAAAUCUAUUUAGGCUUAAAUUUAGAAUGAUUUAACAGUUAUAGACAUUUAAUCAUUACCUUACUUUUUCUCUUUAGAAGUGCUACAUUUCAUUAGAAAUGUGAGUUUUCCAACGUUUCUGAUCAUGUAUUUAUCUUUUCUUCAAAUAACUAAGUCUGAAAACCUCAAAAGAAAAAAUGGUUAUAUAAGUUCACAUUUGAGAGGUAUACUCAUAUGUUUCUCUUAAUGCCUAAAAUUUACUUUAAAAUUAAAAGCAGUGUUCACUUCAUAAACUUCUAGAGGAUUCUGACUCUUUCUGUCAGAAAUACACUUCUGAUCUUGCUUUCUACUGGUGCUGGUUUCUAGGGCAUUAGUUCUCAAACUGCACAGUAUGCAGUCACCUGUGGAGUUCGUUAAAAACAUACGGGGAGCCCUCAAAGAGCUCCUGGGAGAUGUGUAUCAUGAAAAAGCUAUGCAUAGGUUUCAAAAUUAUUUGCACCAAAAUAAACAUGUCAUUUAGUUCUAGUUUUCCAUGCAUUUUUUGAAGUACCCACUUAACAUUACUGGACCUGUUUUAGAAUUGCAUUGGACCUUUGGAGCUAAUUUUGAGUUUUUGUUUUUUUAAAUCCUAUGGUUAAAUUUUAAAGAGUGUUCAUGUUAGGACAUUUUGAGGAAAAGUGAGCAGUGAAUUAUAAUCUUAGCCACAAUUUUAAACAAAUUUUGAAUAAAUUCUUUAAGUUAGAUGUCUCCCUCCCCUGCCAAAAAAAAAAGAAACCUAGUUUUCUACCAAUAAUGUACAAAUUAUGACAUUUUUCUAUAAGAUUUUAACCAUUAUUCAGAGUGGUCUUUUGUUUUUAAAGCUUUUUUUAACUGAGAUUUAUUGUAUAUUUUAUACAGAAUUGCAUCACAAAUGUGUUCUUGAUUGUGUUCCUUUUUUUUUUUUUUUUUUUUUUUUUUUUUUUUGUGGUCUUUAAGUGCCAUGCCAGUUUUUUGUUUUUUGUUACAUGUUAUUGAGAAGUUCUCUCAGAAUACUCACCAGGGGAAUAAGGCAGUGGACAGUCAGAAUGCUUGAAUUGAAAUUUUGGUGUUCCAAGAGCAAACUUACAUAGCAUAGGCAUGUCGUCAGAUCAUUUUAUGCAUAUGCAGCCUUAGGCUUGUUCAGUGCCGGUACGUUGACUUUAUAAAUUCAUUUUGAUUUUUGUCAUGUAAUACUGCUGUAGCCAUCAUAAUGUAAUCUGUAUUCAUGUACUUUUUUUACAUUAAAAUCUUUAAAUAAAAUGUUCAA